GGCCAAAGGAACCGGCUGAGUCCUCAGGAGUGUGAGGUGUGGACUUGCCCGGACAGGCCAACCUUGAACUUGCAGCAAACCUGUGACAAGGACCUGUGUGGCCUCUGUCUGUGAAGAUACUGCAUCAGAGUUUGAAUGCUGUGGGUCUCCUUGGUGACUGUGCAUCUGGACGCCCGCACCUUCCCAACCUCGAAGGAGCUUCUCAGAUUUUUGCCACAAAGAUGAGGGCUCAGGAGCACCCGAAGGACCAGACACAGCAGGAUCCCCAGGGCUCCGCAGGGGCUUCCACCAGGACCCCACAAAUGCCCCUGCCCACAGAACCCAAAUUUGACAUGUUGUACAAGAUCGAGGACGUGCCUCCCUGGUACCUGUGCAUCCUGCUGGGCUUCCAGCAUUACCUGACCUGCUUCAGUGGCACCAUCGCUGUGCCCUUCCUCCUAGCUGAGGCGCUGUGUGUGGGCCGCGACCAGCACAUGGUCAGUCAACUCAUUGGCACCAUCUUCACAUGUGUGGGUGUCACCACUCUCAUCCAGACCACACUGGGCAUCCGGCUGCCCCUGUUCCAGGCCAGUGCCUUGGCAUUUCUAGUUCCAGCCAAAGCCAUCCUGGCCCUGGAGAAGUGGAAAUGCCCGCCAGAAGAGGAGAUCUAUGGUAACUGGAGUCUGCCUCUGAACACCUCUCAUAUCUGGCACCCACGGAUUCGAGAGAUCCAGGGUGCAAUCAUGGUGUCCAGCCUAGUGGAGGUGGUGAUUGGGCUGAUGGGGCUACCUGGGGCCCUCCUCAACUACAUUGGGCCUCUCACAGUCACCCCCACUGUCUCCCUCAUUGGCCUCUCCGUCUUCCAAGCUGCUGGCGACCGAGCUGGCUCCCACUGGGGCAUCUCAGCUUGCUCUAUUCUCCUGAUCGUCCUCUUCUCCCAGUACCUGCGCAAUGUCACCUUCCUGCUGCCUGGAUAUCGCUGGGGCAAGGGCCUCACUUUCUUCCGCAUCCAGAUCUUCAAGAUGUUUCCUAUUGUACUGGCCAUUAUGACUGUGUGGCUACUCUGCUAUGUGCUGACGCUGACCGAUGUGCUGCCCGUGGAUCCGACAGAUUAUGGCUUCCAGGCACGAACUGAUGCCCGUGGGGACAUCAUAACUAUUUCACCCUGGGUCCGCAUCCCCUAUCCCUGUCAGUGGGGCGUGCCCACAGUGACCAUGGCUGCUGUCCUGGGAAUGUUCAGUGCCACACUGGCAGGUAUCAUCGAGUCCAUCGGUGAUUACUAUGCUUGUGCCCGGCUGGCUGGUGCACCACCCCCGCCAGUUCAUGCUAUCAAUAGGGGCAUCUUCACCGAAGGCAUCUGCUGCAUUAUCGCAGGACUGUUGGGCACAGGCAACGGGUCCACCUCAUCGAGUCCCAAUAUCGGCGUGCUAGGGAUUACCAAGGUGGGCAGCCGCCGCGUGGUGCAGUAUGGUGCGGUUAUCAUGCUGGUCCUGGGCGCCAUCGGCAAAUUCACCGCCCUGUUCGCCUCGCUCCCCGACCCCAUUCUGGGGGGCAUGUUCUGCACCCUCUUCGGGAUGAUUACUGCCGUGGGGCUGUCCAACCUGCAGUUUGUGGACAUGAACUCCUCCCGCAACCUAUUUGUGCUGGGCUUUUCCAUGUUUUUCGGGCUUAUGUUGCCUAAUUACUUGGAUUCUAACCCCGGCGCCAUCAACACAGGUAUUCUUGAAGUAGACCAAAUUCUGACAGUGUUGUUGACCACAGAGAUGUUUGUGGGUGGAUGCCUUGCUUUCAUAUUGGACAACACAGUGCCAGGGAGCCCUGAGGAACGAGGCCUGUUACAAUGGAAAGCUGGGGCCCACGCCAACAGUGAGACGUCUGCCAGCCUGAAGAGUUACGACUUCCCCAUUGGGAUGGACAUAGUCAAAAAGAUUGCCUUUCUAAAAUACAUCCCCAUCUGCCCAGUCUUCAAAGGAUUAUCUCUGAAGUCAAAAAACAAGCCACCAGUUCUAGAAGACACACCAGAAAAUACAGAAGCUGCAUCUGUGUGCACCAAAGUCUGAAAAGUUCCUUCUGAGAAAGGAAACAUGGUAUGUAAUAGGAAAAGAAAACUUCGUGGGGAGCCAGAAGAUCUAAGUCUGAAAUUCCAGCUCUGCCCCUAACUUCCUAUGUGUGCCAGGAUAAAUCACUCUGAAACUCCAUUUUUGCAACAAUUUGAACAAAAGGGAGAAGUGGUCAAGCUGCAGGAGCUGUAGAGACUUGUAUCAAAAUUAUUCUCAGUUUCUAAAUCUUUACUUUCCUAAGCAGACGUGUCACUGUAUAAGAAGAGUAGCUGGAAAUUUUCUACUGCACUCUGGAGAGCAAUGAUUAAAAGAAAAUGAGGACAGA